AUGGUACAUAGUGUACAGUUGAUUUGAGAUUGCUUUGCGCUUCUCAUUAUAAUUAUAUCGCAAGGGCGUUCUCAAUCCGGUAUACAAAUAAGUACUACCGUACCUAUGCAUUGCUAUUCGUUGUCUCGGGAAUAAACAGAGCCUUGCUUUAAAAACCCUUCUACUGUUGCUGCUGCUGCUGCUGCUAUUUUUAAUUCAUCCUUUUUUUUUUCCUGAACUGGAGGUAAAGAAAUAUGCAUAUCUUAAAAAGCUUCCUUCAAUUCGCGGUUAUUAGGAGAUGUCAUCAUUCAAUUGGAAUUAUCGGAGCUCCAUUUUCACGAGGACAGCUAAAGGAUGGUGUAGAGAAGGGGCCUGAUUAUAUAAGGACAGCAGGGUUGACUGAAAAACUCCAAGCACAAGGUUGUCAGGUGAAGGAUUAUGGCAACUUGAAAUUGGAUGAUGCUCCCAACGAUGAACCUUUUGGGAAGGUCAGGAUGCCCAAGACAGUGGGCCUUGCUAAUGAGCAUCUUGCUGAUGCUGUGCACACUGUAAAGAAGGAAGGAAGGGCCUGUGUGGUGCUUGGAGGGGAUCACAGUCUAGCAAUCGGAUCCAUUCUUGGGCAUGCAAGAUCUCAAAGGGACUUGUGUCUAGUGUGGGUUGAUGCUCAUGCUGAUAUAAACACUCCCCUGACAUCUCCAACUGGCAACUUGCAUGGCCAGCCAGUUUCAUAUCUUCUGAAGGAACUACAAUCAAAGAUUCCAGUGAUGCCUGGCUUCUCUUGGAUAAAGCCCUGCCUAACAGCGAAGGAUAUUGUUUACAUUGGGCUACGGGAUCUUGACCCAGAAGAGCAUUACAUCGUAAAGAAUUUGGGAAUCAAAUCGUUCUCAAUGACAGAGCUGGACCGAUUUGGAAUGGGUAGAGUGAUGGAGGAGACUUGCGAUCAUCUCUUCUCCAAAGUGAAGAGGCCAAUUCAUCUGAGUUAUGACAUCGACGCACUAGAUCCUUUAGUGGCACCAGCGACAGGAACACCAGUGAUUGGAGGCUUGACCUACAGGGAGGGCAUCUACGUUGCAGAAGAGAUUUGCAAAACUGGUUUGCUUUCUGCAGUUGACCUUGUUGAGGUAAAUCCCAGCAGAGGAAAGACAGAGGAGGAGGUCAGGUCCACAGUGAAUGCUGCGGUCAGUGUGGUUUUAAGUUGCUUUGGACAACCACGAGAGGGCUCUCACCCCAUCAACUACCAGCUCCCAGAGCCAUGACCCGUUUCGUUGUGUUGGACUUGUCAGUAGAACUGCUGUUGAAUAUAUUGUUAACCUAUGUUCAUGAAAUACCUGUACAUUUAAGUAGUCAUGAAAUUGUGUUUUGCAGUAUGUGUAGGUUAGAAGAUUUUUGGUCUAGCUUUUGUUCCAGUGUGAAAAUUAAUCCCUUUUUCUGGCAUCGAAUUUCAUUUUAAUAGGUUGUUUUUAAUAUGUGUUUGCCAGGCUUAAGCUCACAUAAGAAUUUGAAUGACCUAGAUUCUAUUGAAGAAAAGUGGUUUUAAAAAGCCAGGUUUAGUUUAAGUUAUCUGAUAUGUGUUAACAGAUAACUUAAACUAAAACUUAAACUUGAUAACUCAAGCCGGUUUAAUGCUUCUAUCUAUGCGCGUAAACCAACUAUUUGAGUGUGUUGUCAUGGUAAUCUUUAUUAACGGUCUUCUGAAAAAAUGGAGAUGAAGGAAAGGGUGACUUUUUUUUUUUACUGCUUCCUAACACAUUUUAAAUUCAACGUACAAUAAUGUUAAUGUUUUAAAUUUUAAAUUAAAGCCAGGGUGGCAGCUGACGCUUAAUGUGUAAGUAUACAUUUGUAUCCCGAGUACACAAGCACAAAUCCUCUGGCUUUAUUAUUUAUAUUUAUAUCCUGCUGUAUUUUGAUUAAUAGAAAAUUAGGUAUGGUCAUAAUUUAUAGACAUAACAUUCUAAAGAAUAUAGACAGUAGCCUACUAUUUUUAUUUCAAUCAACCGCCCCAAUCACAUUGGGAAACCCUAUAAGUAAAAAAUGUAUUAAUAAUAAUGAAAAAUGAUAACAAUAAUGAGAAAAUAAUAAUAAAAAAAUAUGUAGUAUAUAUUAAUUUUUUUUCCCUUAUUUAAAUCUAUAUUAUAAUAAUUACCGGCAAUAGCAUAAAAUGCCUCCUUGUUCCGCUUCACUGGACCAUGUCCAGGAAACUUCACCAAGACUGGCAGCAACUUCUUCAAUGCAAGGUACACUUUCCUUAUAGCUCUGCAUAUCGUUGCUUUUUUUAAGAUUUUCAGCAUCGCUGACUGUAUACAAAAAUGUUCCACAGGCUAUAAAUCUUAGAGCUAUGCAGAAUACCUGUAUAUGAGUAGGACUCUGCUCCAUCUGGUUGGUUGCUCAAGAGAGGGUUUUAAGAGAUCCGCCAGAUACAGGAUACCAUCCCUAGAGAAGCAGUAUCGCUUGUACAGGGUGGAAUCUGGGUUUUUCAGUUUUAAAAGUCAGGAUUCAUCUUGGUUAUCCUGCUCCAAAGCAGGUUUAUUUAAGCAUUAUUUAACCAUGGUUUUAAGCCUGAGUUAUUACUAUCUUGUUUUGUGCAACAGACUAAGCCUGACUUUCACAAUUAAACCUGGAAGUUAUCAGGAUAACUCUUCAAACCACUUUUGUGCAACAGGCCCCUGGUAUUGACCAGACUCCCUCCUUCUAUUCAAAUCAUGUAACAAUGUGACUUUUCAACUCUGCAUUGUCCCAUACUUUAUGUGGAAUGAGAAAGUCUUGGAAAUAAAUGCCAGGUGAGCUCCAAGUCGAGUAAAUGCAUUUGAAGGUCCUUAAUCUUUAAUAUUUUAAACCUAGUGUGAGUUUUUACUUUCCGCAUUGGGGCAAAACCUUUGAACACAAAGUUUCUCUUGCAGGGAACAAAGCAUGAAAGUGGUUCUGUAUUCUAGUUGCACUGUUUCAGGAUAAAUAUAUAAAGAUGGGAACGGUUUGUGUAUGGAGCCAUGAGUGCUACCAUUAAUUUCUACAGAAAAAAAGUAUUAUACAACGUAGAACCUAUGGACCAAAUACAGCUCAGCAAAGACAUGCAGGGACAAGUAUCAAUUUCAACAAAACCAUGUAUUGCCUUGUUUGUUUAAAAAUUGAAAAGUAAAAUUGAAUUAAUGUAUCACAUAUUACAUACUUAGUUUGUGUUUGGGGAGGCGAUGUAUUUAAAUAAAAACAGAUGUAUGAGAUGUGAAGAUCUUUGCUGCAAAGGUUUUCCAGGGUUUAUAGUAAAUACAUUGUAAAUCUGAAUUCUUUCUGUCCUACAUUAACCAAAAUGAAGUAAGGUUAAACUGUCGUAGUAUCAGUUUGUCAGAUUUAUUUCUUUAAUGUGAAUGUAAAAUAAUUGUGUUUUCUUAGAAAACAAAGGAUUCUGUCAUCUAAUGGGAACAAAUGCUGUGAUGUAGUCCUUUUUUCAGUUAGGGAGUGCUAUAUGGAUUUGAAUGUCUGACUCACUUUCAACACUUUGUAAUGGAUCUCCUCCUAGCAGCUGAAAAGUUAA